AAAAACGAUCGCAUUAUAUAGUGAUUAAGUGGACGUCUAGCCGCUCGUAGGCUCACAUGUGUUAGGACAUUAUGUUCACUUUAAUAUUUAUAUCUCUUCUGGCUGUGGUGUCAAGUAUACCUUUGAAUUCCGAAAAUGUAAUUAGUAGCAUACGAGAUGCAGAUUAUAUUUUACCAGGAACAGUGAUUCCAUCUUUUUAUGACGUCUCUCUUAUUCUGGACCCACGUAAUAAUGAAACAUUCAGUGGAAACGUCUCAAUUACAUUACAACCCCUAGUGGCAACAAAUGAAAUUGUCCUACAAGCUAAUCAGAUGCGCAUACAGAAAAUUCAAUUGUUUGCUAACGCAAAUCAAACCUUGGACAUUUUCUCGAGGUAUACUCUAGCAACAGAUGACACCCAUUUUCUGAAAGUAUAUUCGAACGGUGAAUUGAACGUGAACCAAUCAUACAUUUUGAGAAUCGAAUACACUGCUGAAUUAUCUACUGAUAUGUUUGGCGUGUACCUAUCCUCUUACAAUGAUCAGUCUGGGAAUCGUGUAAAUCUUAUAGCUUCUCAGCUCCAGCCUACUUACUCUCGCCGAGUUUUUCCCUGUUUUGAUGAACCACGCUAUAAGGCUGAAUUCAGAACGACUAUUUACGCGCCACCACAAUUCACAGUAGUGAGGACUAACAUGCCGGAAAGGACGGACUUAUCAAAACCACAGAUAUUAGGAUAUAAUAAAUAUGAAUUCCAAGACACACCAUUAAUGUCCACUUAUUUGAUUGCGUAUAUUGUAUCCAAUUUUGAUUAUAUUACUAACAUCGGCAACAUGACAUUCUCAAAACCAUUAAGAAUAUACGCAAGACCGGGAUACAGGAAUAGUUCAGAGUUCGCUUUAGAAUUCGGUGAAAAGAAUAUGGUGGCAUUUGAGAGGUAUAUUGAACUGCCAUAUGAUUUACCGAAGAUGGACAAAGUUGCUAUACCUGAUUUUUCAGCAGGCGCAAUGGAAAAUUGGGGAUUGGUGUUGUAUAGAGAAGUUGCUCUUUUAGUACGAGAUGGCGUUACAACAACUUCUGCAUUACAGAAUGUAGGACGUAUUAUAUGUCAUGAGAAUAUGCACAUGUGGUUUGGAAACGAAGUCAGUCCACUUAACUGGACAUAUACGUGGCUGAAUGAAGGUUUUGCGAAUUUUUUCGAAAACUACGGAACAGAAAUGGUUCGACCACACUGGCGGAUGAUGGAUCAAUACGUUCUUUUGAUACAAGGCGUUCUACAAGAUGAUGCCGUUCUUAGUGUUAACCCAAUGACACACCCUGUAUAUACUCCUUCGCAAAUAAUGGGAACUUUUAAUGCUGUCGCUUACCAAAAGUCUGGAUCUGUCAUUCGUAUGUUGCAACACUUCCUUACCCCAGAAAUAUUUAGAAGGGGUCUUGUCCUUUACAUUAGGAAUAAUGUACGGCAAGCAGUUUCACCAUCCAAUUUGUAUGAAAGUUUACAACAAGUGGUCAAUGAAACGAAUACUAGUCUACCAGAUUCUGUAGCCAAUAUUAUGGAGCGUUGGACAACUCAAGGAGGUUUCCCAGUUCUAAUGGUUCGAAAACAAGCACCAACAGCUAAUUCUCUGUCUAUAAGUCAGCAACGAUUCCUCACUGAUACAUCACUGAGUUCAUCUUACGAAUGGCACGUACCUAUCAAUUGGGUUCUGUCAACCAAUCCAAACUUCAGUGAUACUAGUCCUCAAGCUUGGGUCCGGCCUUCCUCUCCAGCUUUAGCAGUUGACAUACCCGGAUUAUCCAACGCUUCAUGGUUCAUUAUUAACAAACAACAAACAGGUUACUAUAGAGUUAACUACGAAGAUGAGAACUGGGCUGCGUUAGCUGAUGUUUUGGCCAGAUCUCACAACGUUAUCCACCAUUUGAACAGAGCCCAAAUUUUAGAUGACGUAUUCAACCUAGCUAGAAAUGGAAGAACUCACUACAGACACGCAUUGGAAGUAUCCCGUUAUUUAAUUAACGAAACUGAUUACAUCCCGUGGGGAGCAGUCAACGCUGCUUUCAGCUACCUCGACAUUGUGCUCAGUAGUACCCCCGUCUAUGAACUAUUCCAGCGUCACAUUCUUCGUCUGUCCGAACCUUUAUUUGAUCAACUCGGUUUCGAGCCCAAGCAAAACGAAGAGUUCGUUACGCCUUACCAGAGAAAUAUCAUCCUAAACUUCAAUUGCCGAUUUGGAAAUGAGAGAUGUCUUAACAAAUCACGAGAAAUUCUGAUGCAAUUUAGAGAAAACCCUAGUCAGCGUAUUCAUCCGGACCUUAAAACGACGAUAUACUGCUCCGCUUUGAGGGAAGGAGACGCUGAUACCUUCAACUUCCUGUGGGAACAAUUCCGAGCCAGUCAAGAAUCUAGCGAACAGACUAUCCUUUUGAAUUCCUUAGGUUGCACCUCUAAUGACACACUUCGUUCUUUCUAUAUGAACCAAGUUAUCUCACCUAAUUCAGAAGUAAGAGAACAAGAUCGUCAUACAAUCCUUGUUUCCGUUAUUAACUCCAGUCCAGCUGGUAUGGAAGCUGCUUUAGACUUCGUCAUUGAAAAUUUUGCCGCCAUAAAGCCCAGAGUAUCAGGACUUUCGGGCACUCGAAACAUUCUGACUGCCUUCGCUAGACGACUAACAUCGAGAAAUCACGCUGCAAAAAUUGAAACAUUUAUCAGUCGCUACCAAAGCAUCUUCUCAGCUGCUGAAGAAGCUGGCGUUCGUAGUAUUAAUGAAAAUAUCGCAGCCUCAAUCAUUUGGAGCAGUAAUAAUUAUAACGCAGUUAACGGCUGGUUACGUAACCAAUAUGGCAAUAGCGCCAAUAUGAUUACAUCGAGCUUAUUGAUCUUGGUCUCUAUAUUUAUAGCCUUUUACAACCACCUAGGAGAACAAAAAACAAUUUAUCAGAAGAAAGUAAAUAAUGUUGAAGAAUCUAAUGUGAUAAAUAAAGAACAAUCAAUUAUUAAGGCAACUCUAGAAUCGAAUAUUCGGAAUUCUAAUGUCAGACCGGGCCAAACAGUAAGAUCGUAUGCAGUUUCUAUAACAAGAAAUGGAAACAACUUCAAUGGAAUUGCAAGAAUAGAUUUAGAUUUGACUGAACAGACCAGGGACAAUGCUAUAAGAUUUAAUAUACUAGACAUGAAUGUACAAUCUGUGAAAGUCGGAGUCUUAACAGAUGCAAAUGCUAUUAAUACUAAUUUCAAUAUAAACAACAAUAACUUAGUAAUUCAACCAAGUCAAUCAGGAACUCGUUUUGUUGUAAUUAUUGAAUACACCGGACAGCUGCGUAGAGAUGGUAAUGGACUGUACUUAGGACAAUAUGAUAACAGUGACUAUGUAGCAAUGAAUCUUCAUCCAAUGAAUGCAAGAAGAGUAUUCCCUUGUAUGGACGAGCCUUCUCUUAGAUCAACGAUAACGUUCACGUUCAAUAACAUGGAAUAUGAGACUAUGGUCUCAAACAGUUUAUUGCAAGCUGAAAGCCAGACAGCAUUCAGAGCCUUAGAAACUCCCUCUCAUGUCUGGGGUAUGGUGGCUCAUAAUUUAGUUAGCAUUAGUGUACCAGUGGGAAAUGUGAUAAUAUAUGGACGGCAAGGAAUAGGAAAUCAGGAUGCUCAAGCGGCUGCAGCGAUAAACUAUUACUUUAAUGCAUUUUACGAAUGGACUCAAACAUCUUAUUUCCAAAUCGUUAACGAACAAGACAAUAGGUUGCAUAUUAUGGCUGUUCCUGAUAUUAAUAGGGAAUGGUACGCGUUAUCUACAAUCUGCAUUUGGGAACCCUACAUUUUUAUGACAACCAACCAUGCGGUCAAACAAAGGAAAAUUGCUCUUGUCACAAUAGCGGAGGCAAUGUCACGACAUUGGUUCGGAUAUGUUGUUUAUCCUGAAAAUUGGCGUCACCAGUGGGUCGUUACAGGUUUAGGAAGCUACGUAGCAUAUGAUAUUGUAAGAGAGUUCCAAACAUCGUCAGAUCCAGAAGAAAAUGCAAACAUGCUGGACAUCAAUACAAUAUUUACUACUGACAUCAUUCAGGAGAGUCUUCUUCAGGAUGCUUAUUCCAUUUACGAUCCACUACUUGUAGGAAAUAAUAUCUUUCAAAACAAUGCCGUACGUUUCCAUUUGAACAGUCUGCUAAAAUAUAAAGCACCUGCAAUAAUACGAAUGUUAAGUGGGGUUCUGGGAGGUGAUACGGAUUUAGUCAAAAAUAUAACCAGGGCCUUAAUCCCUGCAAAUCAUUUGGAGGCAGUUUCUACCCAAAGUUUAUUUAACGCUGUCAAUAGCGUCUUCUCUGGGAAUAAUAUACUUAAUAAUGCUCAGGAGUUUAUUACAAAUUGGAUAGAUAAAACUGGUUACCCCGUGAUUCGGGUCGUACAUAGACCAGGAGGAGUUCAAGUUACGCAGGAACAUUUUAGUUUUACGACUUCUUCAAGACCAUCAAACUUCCGCAUUCCUUUGACAUAUACAACAAGAAAUGAGCCCAAUUUUAAUAACCUAUUUCCAUCAGAAAUUAUGGAUUUAGUGAGCGUGGUUACUACGAACCUUGGGGAAGAUGAUUGGAUAAUAUUUAAUAUACAAGGACAGGGUUAUUAUCGAGUUAACUAUGAUGAUGUUUUAUGGCGGAGGAUUAUCAAUGCAUUACAGGAUGAAGAGCAAAGAGAGAAAAUACAUCCGCUUAAUCGUGCUUCUAUUUUAGAUGACGCUCUUAAUUUAGCAAGAGCUGGAAAAUUGGAUUACAGUAUAGCGUUUGAAAUAGUCCUAACUAUGGAAUUGGAAACAGAUUACGGUGUUUGGAAGACUUUCGUUAGAAAUAUGGACUUCAUAAGGAAACGAUUAAUGACAUUUGCAAACGAUAACGACAGAGAUAGUCAAGCCUAUGCGAAACUUUUGGAGAAACUUAUUGUGUCAGUUGAAGAGAAAUUAGGUUUUGAGCCACAAAAUUCGGACACAGCAAUGGUAUCACUCACAAGAGCCUUGGUGAUGGAGCAUGCAUGUGUAUCCGGCUAUGAACCUUGUAUUGCUGCAGCCGUUGAUAUGUUUUAUGAUCCAAACAAUGAUGGCGAAGUGAAUCCCGAAAUACCGUUAGAAAUAAGGCCAGUUGUAUAUUGUACAAUGGCUAGAGAAGGAGAUGAAGAAGUGAGAGCAGCCCUCAGAAGACGCUUAGAACAAGAAACAUCCAGGUACGAGCGACUGGUUAUAUUGGAGUCUUUUGCCUGUUCAGAAGAUGCUGCGUUUAUUGAUGGGUUACUGGCAGAUACAAUUGCGGCGAACAGCCCUUACGUUAUUGAAGAGAGGUUCAAGAUAUUUGUCGCAGUCGCCUCCUCUAGUUUUAGAAAUACAAAUCGCGCACUAAACUUUUUGAGGCAACGAACAAAUGAAAUAAGAAAUAUGUACGGUGGCGGUGAAAAACUUGAUCAGGUUAUAUUGAUUAUGGCAGAAAAUGCAGUGAAUCAACAGAUAGGGGAAGAUUUUACCACAUGGGUGAAUUCGCAACCGGUGAUUAAUAACCUUGAAGAUUCCAGCAUGGUCGCUGUUAAAGCAAGGAGUUUAAUAGCAGAAAACGUAAGUUGGAAAAAUGCACAUCUGUCGAAUGUAUACGAUUGGGUAGAGCAAAAUAAUGGAAACACCUUUUUGGUGUCUUUUGCUUUGCUAGGUCUAUCUUUGAUCGUUACCAUUUUUAAUAAUUAAUUAGUGAAAUAAACAAGAAAAAAAAAAAACAAAAAAUUAUAUAGUUCCUUUGUAAAUAAUUGUAUUGUCAAUAUUAUUAUCGAAAAAAUAUUUUUUAUUCAUGGUUAGGUAUUUUAUAUUAUAUUGUAAACAUAAUUAUAAAGUGUAGUGAAUUAGAUACCGUGCAUUAUCUUCGAGGCAGUGCAUCGAGUGUCGAAAUGCUUAUUAAAUAAAGAUAAAUAAUAAGGAGAAGUCAAAAGUUUGAAGUGAUUUGAUUGAAAAUUUCAAGAAAUUAAAUAAUGCUAAUGUUACAAAAUAUAUUUAUAAUCAAUCUCACAAAUUUUAUUAAAAUCUGUACAGAUUGAACCAUUUGCACAGGAACCCUAAAAAAAAUUGCUUAUAAUAUUAUUCUAAACUAAGGAGUUAUUUAGUAAGCUAUGAAUUAUUUAAAAUUACCCAUUAAAAUAUAAGGAAAAUAU